UGAAAUAUUACGACCGUGUUACCGGUCUACUUCGGUCAUGAUGGAGAUAAACACGACUGAAGAGACCGGUAACAUGGUCGAAAUAUUUCUACAAAGUGUUUAGAGUUUUACUUCGAAAAAAAGACUGAUAUUUAUAGACAGAGAGAGGGGGGACUUAGGAAGGCGAAAUGAAAGAACUCCAAAUAAAUGUAGCGCUCUUUUUUUUUUAAUCGAGAGUUGAAACAUUGUCUCUGGAAAAGGAUAAUCAUUUGCAAAUGAAAUUCGAGAGAAAGUGCUACAACUUUUUGGCGGUCUUUUGAUUUCGCGUUCCAUAGCCUCCUGUUGCCGUGAACAAUGGUGACCAGUUCGCCAAGAAGACGCACGUAGACGAUCUGAUAACGCGCAGUGCAAGUACAACGAGAUAAGAGUGGUGUACUACACGGAAUAAUUCCCACCGUGUCACUAAAUAUGCUGUUGGUAACCGUGUUGAGUUUGGCCAUCCUGCAGUGUCAAUGUCUGUCUCCGACGGCGGAUCUCAGCGGCUUGGUGGACGAAUUUAAUGAUGCCUUGGAGUCGGGCUUGGAUAGUGUCAAUCAACUGAUACAAAAUACAGGGGACCACCUCCCAGCUGCCAUUAACCAAGCCUUCGAUUAUUUGAAAAAAAUUGAGAGGAGGCAGAGUAUCACAAAAGCUGCAAAUUCGAUGUUCGAGUCUACUAACAGCAUCAUUUCACAGAUCAAGUCCGAGUCCGAGAAAUUCUUCAACGAAUUGCGAGUGUUCUCAGAUGAUCUGAAGUUUCCAGAAAAUAUACUCAAACUUAUAGUGGAUCACCAUGCCAAACAGGACUUUCACGUUGAGAAGGUCAGACGGGAUAUUGGCCAGUUCCUUACAGUCCACCAUCUGGAGGUCAGUAAAGCAGACGAGAAGGUAGCCUCUUACAUCCAGCACAAAACGAACGCCAUUAAACAGAUAGUGACGUCACUUGGAAGUGCUGUCAACGAUAUCAAUGACAGCUUACGAAAUAUGGUACACUCCCCGGUGCAUGAAGAGCUACUUAACCAGAGAAUUGUCCAGGCCCUCAGCUCUGGCUUGAAAAAUCUUGGAUCCGCCGUCCUUUUUGCACGCGAGGAGAUGAAAGACGCUAUGUCGCACUAAACACUAGUACACUACUAUACAUCAAAAUUUCUGGAAUUAAUUAUUUCUAUUUAGGAAUUAUGUAGAAUCACACGUGAGAAACAGAAUAAAACAUACAGCAUGUGA